AUGACCGACGCUGACGUACGCCCAUCCCGCCGCAUGACAGACAACCUCGACUACAACGCUCUCAAACAUGAGAUCAAGGUCCACACCACGCGCGACCAGGCCUCGGCCAUGGCCAUCCCGGGCCGCCCCGACACCGCCUUGUGCAAGUUCGAGGACAGCCUGUACGACGAGCUCGGCCGACAGCAUGAUCGUGUCGACUUGUUCAUCACGAGCAAGGCCCACGAGAUCUCGAGGCGACUGGAGCAUCACGGCGCCAACAUCCAACGAUGGAUCGGCAAGUAUGCCAAUUUGUCCGACGAAUCUGUCCCCCUCCGACGCCAGCGUCGCCUCGCCAAGUACGAGCGCGACCUCCUCUGCUGCGGCGAUGACAUCCAAUCCCUGUCGCGUUUCGCCAACGCCCAGGUGACGGCCUUUCGCAAGAUCCUGAAAAAGUAUCGCAAGUGGACAGGCUCGACCACCUUGACCUCGCGCUUCAACGAAACCGUCCUCGCGAACCCCAAAAGCUUCACCAAGCGCGACUUCGCGCCCCUCCAAGCUCGUCACGACGAAAUCCUGAACCAGCUUCGCGCGGCUGUGCCGGCAUUGGACGAGCCCAGUUCCCCGUCCUCGUACGAGCAGAUGUUGUCCGAACCGUCCAGUCCGGUUUCCCGCGCUCGUCUCAGCCUCGAUCCUCUCCUUCCGCCCCUGCCGCCGCAGCAAGACUCCCAGGCCAAGUACUGGAACGAGUACGAUGACGGAAGCGAAGCUGGCGACGCCGCCGACGACUACGCCAUCUACGUCCGUCCGGGCGACGAUGCUUCCUUCCCAGGCCUCGCCUACGCCCGCGCCGUCCUCUCGAUGCCGUACGAAAAGGCCAAGCAGCUGUUCGCGCGGCGCGCAAGCCGCGAGUCCCAACCGCUCCUCUCCGGCGCCAACACGAGCUCCGGCUACUCUGCCACCGCCGUCGACUCGGACGAGGAAGGCUAUGCGAGCUCCGACGGAUUUCCGAAUCAGGGCUAUGCCUUGCACUACUCCCUGCCCAGCAUCAACGAGCAGAAGAUGGUGAGGUACAGGGAACAGGUCCUGCUCUGGGGCACCGUUGCCUGCUUCGCCGUCUCCUUCGUCCUGCUCGCCAUCGCCGCCAUCCUGCUCUCCGCAGGCAAGCGUAAGCUCCGCGUCGAAGUCGAUGCCGGCGUCGCCGUUGCCGUCAUGGCCAGCCUCUUCUGCGCCUGCACGAGCCUGGGCAUGACCCUUUACCGCCGCGACAAGCUGUCCCUCGCCUACCGGCUGGUUGUCGGCACCAUUUUUGUCCUAUCCUGCCUACUCAACGGCAUGUUGCUCAUCCUCGUCCUCGGCAACACCCCGUGA